UAAAUUCCCUUCAGAUUUUUAAAAGUCUGUUUAUAAUUACAAAUGUAAGUUACUGUCAACCAUGUCAAUGUAAACCAAACUUUUAAAUAACCUUUUUAUUUUGUUGUCAAAGCAUUAUCUAUUAUCCAGAUAUACUUUUACAUAAGAUCGUAGUGGAGAUCAUAGACAGAUUAGAGUUUAAAGUUAGUUAUGAAUUGACAUUGGAUUUUGGAACAUCUUGCAUUUUGGAACGAAAUAGACAAAACAGUAGUUAUAAUGGCUGAUGUAAAGUCAAAAUUAACGAAAGCCCAAGUGCAAGAAUUUAAAGAAGCAUUUAAGAACUUCGAUAAAAAUGGGGAUGGAAAAAUAUCUUGUAAAGAACUGAGGACAUUCCUGAAAUCUGUAGGACAAGAUGCCUCUGAUGCUGAAGUACAAAGGAUAAUGCUAAGAGUAGAUCACGAUAAUAGUGGUUCUAUAGAAUUUCAAGAAUUCCUGAUAAUGAUGUCGACGGAAACAGCACCGGAACCCCCAGCAACAAACGAUCAAUUCCGUGAUGCAUUUCGGGAAUUUGACAAAGAUGGCAAUGGAGUCAUAACUAUGAAAGAAUUCAAGAAAGCUAUGGCUAAACUAGGAAAUAAAUUAUCAGAUAAACAAGUCAAACAAAUGAUCAAAGAAGUUGAUAUUGAUGGGGAUGGUGAAAUCAAUUAUAAAGAAUUCGUUCAAAUGAUGUCAUGACAAACUGAAAUGGAAUCAAGUUGUGCUGAGAUAUUUACCUUAUAUUUAAGGUCAUACACAAGUAAUGACAUACUAGGAUUGUUGCAUUCAAGAUUUGUGAACUAUAAUUAGACUGUGAUAAUGUGCUUUGCAUAAGAGUACGUAUGAGGCAUUUAAAGCCAAAAUAUUGGUUCUAUUCCAUGCAACUAUGGUACAAAUUGAAAAUGCAAUUAUCUUAUGAAAUAAAAUUUUUCAUAUUGGCAGAUAUAGAUUAGUAAAAGUGUUUGUAGCUAGUUAAUAUAACUUAUAUAUUAAGCAUAUUUUUUUAUAUAAAAAUGCAUAUGGAAUAAGAAUAAGACAAUUGUAAACAAUUUGUAGUCUUAGAGCUUGUAUACGUGUAUCUGUUUUAUCAUGUUGUUUUAAAUAUUUUGUACUUUGUGGUAUCAACAUAAGUGUCACAAAGUAUAUAGCAUAUGUUGUAUGCCGAGCUUAAUUUAGUUUAAUACACAUGUAAAGAUCAAUAUAUAUUUCUAAAUAAAUAUUUAUUAUAA